CCUUCAGUGGAAGCGGGCUACUCAGACUGCAGCGCCUCAUUUAGCCACCACCUCACCCAACCUCAGCCCAGAAGGAACUGAUACCAAAUGGAAGACUCGAAAGCCAAGCCAAGCGAAGCGAAGCACAGCAUAGCACAGCACCUCACCCCAGAAUUAUCCUUCUUCUCGUUAGGUUAAUUCCUUUUUACCAAAUACUGCACGAUUCGAUACCUACCAACUUUAAAGCUCACCUACGAAACAAAGCGUUCCUGGAUCAUCAUCUCCUCGCUAAAUUGACCAAGCCCAUCGUGUCUUCGGCCUGGCCGUUCCUCUAUUCAACUGCGCCUCUCUGUUUGAUCGCCGCUCAAGAACGAGGCCCCGGUACUAGAUAUUGGACGUGCUCCAUAUCAGCGCGUAUCGACACCAACCAAAGAAAGCCCGCCUGCAUUUAAACAACUUGCUACGACCCUACGGUUAUUGACAGUAGUGCUGAAUCACUGACUAUACAAUACGGAUACUCUUGCGCUCAAGACAACAAAGAUUGGAAAUUACGGUCACUACCGUCAAUAUUUGCGCCAUCUCCAAGCCAUUCUCCAAGCCAGGACAUCUCAGCAUCAACCCACGGCUCUUGGUGCAUCCAGCUCCAAGCCAGCUUCAGCCCAAGUUCAGCCCAAGCUCAAUAGCAUUAGCCAACCAGCCCGCAAAGGCAUCAGGCUCGCACCCCCCUCUUUGUUUCUUUGCACACUCCCGGUAUCCAAUAUCUAGGACACCGCAAGGACAGUGACAGUGGCCAUUCUAGUAUUUCAGGACACUCAGGGGAAGAAACAGAUUGGAACAGCAUCAUAAUCAAAUUAAGCACCAUUAACCGGACGGACCGUUUACGGAUGAGAACUUUCUCUCGACUACCUACAUACUACCUCGCUUCUUUUCAAGUGAAAGAAAGGCACUCAGCAACCAGCCUAGUUUGACCAUUUCUAAACUACAGCUGUACCGUUUUCGCGACUUCGCAGUGAUCACGGAUACAGCCUCGUUUACUACAUCAUAUACCAAAUCAGGUGCCUUGCUGGAUAACAUUCAGUGAGGAAGCACUCUUCUUUCUCACUCCUUGGCAGUCUAGCAGCGUCGCUCAUCUCUGACUGCCCCUCCCCACCCCCCCAGGCCGUGCUAAUUUCUGACCCGAGCCCAAGCCUGACCCUCCCACUCCUCUUCUCAUAUCCCCCUCCCCCUCUUACGCCCAAUCCUAAUCCGCCUCCAUCGAAAACCCCCCUCAUCCUGUCCGUCCUGCCCCCGUCCUGCUGCGGCGCCUCGCUCGCUCGCUCGCUCGCUCGCCGCCCUGUGCUUUCGUGCCUGCCUCUACCUCUUUUGACCUCUUGGGUCCUACUCCUCAACCUUUUCUCCCCUUUGCUCCUCUUCCUCUUUUCCAUAUGAGUUCUAUGAACUCCCGCUUCAAGAGCCUUGGCUUCGGAAAACGCAAAUCCGCUGCAAGCAUACAGACCUCGGAAGGUCUGACACCGAGCCCAACCCCUCCUCCAGGCCAAAUACCGCAGCUUCCUUCUCAGCAACAGCUAAACGCUCCCUCAAUCGCUCCGUCGUCUUCAACGACGAGUCUUCCGAUGAAUCACCCGGGCCCCGGCAACCGUCCGCCUAGCUAUACCGCAAACUUCCCUCCCGGUCAAGCUCCUCUUGGCCGUACCAGUCCUCUCGCUCAGCAGCCCAACCGCACUCCUCCAACUCAAAUGGUCGGCGGCCCUCCUCCGAUCAACACCGGAGCCCCAAUGGGCUACCCUCCCGGAAUGGCACCCAUGGGUCAAGGUCCUCCUCCGAUGGGAGGUCCUCCUGGGUUUGGACAACAACCACCGCCUCCCCAAGGAUAUCCUCCUCCCGGUCCCCCAGGUGCUCCUAUGAACCAGCAGUUCCAACGACCAGGCCCUGCUGCUGAAGUUGAGGGCGCCAGCAAGAGCAAGGCUCAGCUCAUUGUUGGAAUUGAUUUUGGUACCACAUUCUCAGGUGUUGCUUUUGCUUUCGCGACCAACAACGAAGCCAAGGAAGAUAUCAUUACUGAGUGGCCAGGUGCUGGCUCUUAUACCAAGCAGAAGAUUCCAACAGUGCUUUAUUACGAUCAGUACCAGAAAGUGGUAGGAUGGGGACCCGAUAUUGCCGAUGCCCUUGCUCCUACUGGCUAUCCCAAGCCCGGUGUACAAAAGGUCGAAUGGUUCAAGCUGCAACUGAUGCUGAGCGGCAACACAUACAUUGAUCCUAUCAACCUUCCUCCUCUGCCUCCAGGAAAAUCAGAAAUCGAUGUCGCCGCCGAUUACCUUUUUAAGCUUCGACAGGCUAUGCGGUCAGCUCUGCAAAAGGCGUUGGGUGAAGUCUUUAACCGAGAAGAACGCAACAUCCGAUAUUAUCUGACCGUCCCUGCUAUUUGGAACGAUGCCGGAAAGGCUGCCACUCGAGCUGCUGCCAUCCAGGCCGGUUUCCUUCGCGAUGAGAACGACAACCGCCUGACUCUCGUCUCAGAACCCGAGGCUGCCGCUUUGUUCUGUUCCAAGACCGGUCUUCUGGACCUCAAGGUCCACGACGCUGUUCUGAUUGUGGAUUGUGGUGGUGGUACCGUUGAUUUGAUUGCUUACGAGGUUGAGGAGGAGAAUCCUUUCACUGUUGCCGAGUGUACGGCUGGUUCUGGUGACUCUUGUGGUUCAACAGCCCUUAACCGUAAUUUCAGCAACAUUCUCCGCACCAAGAUUCGAAAGAUGAAGCUUCCGGAUGGCUCCAAGACCGCUGGCCGAGUCUACGCCAAGUGCAUCAUGGACUUUGAGAACCGAAUCAAGGCUGAUUUCCGAAACAACGGUCAGAAGUGGGCUGUCGACGUUGGUAUCGAGGCUGAGUUCCCUGAGGCUGGUAUUGAGGAGGGUUACAUGACCUUCACCAACGAGGAAAUUCUCCAGUGUUUCGAGCCCGUUGUCAACCGUAUCCUGGAGCUUGUGAGAAACCAGAUCAUCGCCAUCCAGGCCCAGAACCGCACUCUCCAAAACAUCCUAGUUGUCGGUGGUUUCGGUGCCUCUGAGUACCUUUUCCAACAAAUCAAACUCCAUGUCCCUCCUCAGUUCCAGUCUAAGGUUGUCCGACCCAUGGAUUCCGUGGCUGCCAUCGUCAAGGGUGCUGUUACUGCUGGUAUCACAGAGCGAAUUGUUACUCAUCGUGUUGCUCGACGACAUUACCUCAUGGCGACUCUUCAGCCCUUUAAGGAAGGCUAUCACCCCGAGGCUUAUCGUGUGCCGUCUCUCGACGGAAAGGACCGCUGCAAGUUCACCCGCCAGAUCUUCGUCCAGAAGGGCCAGAAGGUCAAGAACGGCGAACCUGUCAAGGUCUCUUUCUUCCGACAAGUCGCUCCAGGUGCCACCCUUAUGUACGAGGAUGUGCUAUAUGCCUGCGACGAUGAUGUCUGCCCUGAAUACACCAAGGAUCCACGUAUCAAGGAAGUUGUUACUCUUACCUCGGAUCUUUCUCGCAAGAACUUGGAGAAGGACUUUGAGAGAAUGGAUACUCCUCAAGGCACAUUUUACCGCGUUUACUUCGAUAUUUACCUGACCCUUGACGGCUCGGAAUUCAGCGCCGAACUUGUCUGUCAAGGCGAAGUCAUGGGCCGCUGCCGCUCUCGCUUCAGGUAAACGAGCUUAAAAUAGAGGCGGAAGCGAAAGUCGAUAAGUUUAAGGUUCACUUUGAAACCCCAUGAUACCUAGGAAGACACAGACCCGAGAUGACGCCAAGUCAGCGCGCACAAAUGGGAUCAUUUUUAUAGCUAUCUCAAGGGCACGCGAAGAGGACGUGCGACAUGCCGAGCGAAAGAUGUUGGAUUUAGUAUUGAGAAGUUAAAACGGACGGGGCAUGGUGAAUAGACCAACGUGUCUGACUGAGCCUGGUGCUACGUUCCGGGACAAAGAGGGGAAGAGUUACAUGCAUGAACGACAUGAUGAUUACUCGUACAUAGACAAUGAAUUUUCAGUUGAAUGAACACAGGCUAUAGAGUCAUAUAAAAGCAACCAACGUACACUCUCAAGUCUCACGCUGAAGCUGCUCACAGUUUCUGAUCAUAGGUUCAUAGAUCGCAGGAAG